GCUGUCAUCACGCUAUUAUAAUACAUGAAGUAUUUGUUUCAGUGUGUCAUAAUAAGUACAUUAUAUAGCUCCUCAAAUAUUGACGUUUAUAUUUCUAAUUAUGGGUGUAAAAAAUAUAUCAAAAUUUUAAGUUUCAAAUCUGCCAUGCUACACAGCUGAAAAAUGUCUGUAAGAACAAAAAUUCUUGGUUUCGUUGACGUGAUUCUAAGGGUUCCGCCGUUAUUCUUACUAGACGAGAUUUUCAAAAUCGGCCUGGGGCUGCCCCUAGCAAAUGAAGAGCCUUAUCUGGACCUAAAUGUCACGAAAGUGAUACUCACGGAUGCUGAACAAAUAACUUAUGACAAUGAUUUUUAUAGAGUUUUAUUAACGACAGCCUGCAAAUUUAUAGUAUGUUGUCUGGGUUGUAUAAGUGCUCUUUGCAUAUUUACAUUAUGGACGAAACAUUUGGUGGUUGUGUAUAUGUACCUUCUUUCCAUAGCAAUAAUAGUUCUUUCAUACUUAGGAAAUGUUUCUUUGAUCAAGGCUUUGGUUGACAAACCGUCUUUAGUAGAAAUGGUUAUCCAUUCAAACUAUAGUGUACUGUUGGAAACUGAAGGUCCAGUAUUUCAACUGUGUUCACACUUACUGGGUCAACUAAUAAUGGGGUUUUCAUUCCAAUAUGUACACAUGGGGCCGAGAUAUUCAGUUAUGCAAAAGUUGUUGCCAUACACCUUCCUUUUUCCUCUCACGAUAGCUUUGUUUCCAAUACCAAGAGAACUUCUAAAACACGUUGCUAUGAUUGCAACAUUAGUGCCCCUGGCCUUAGUUAAAAUUGCUUUGUGGGUGUCAGCAUUUGAUGUCGUGGAAACUUUGUAUGGAGGCUUUCAACAUGCAAGAAACUAUGCCAGCAAUUAUGGAUUAUCUGCAUUAGUUGAAUCAGAGUGGCAAAGAUUGAAUGUUCCAUGUGUUCUGAGAGCUUUUUGGAUGAUUAGAUUAUUUGAACAAUUAUCUAACAUUAUUGAAGAAAACAAUAUUACAUUUAUGGGAGCUGUACAGACCCUUCUUGUAUGUGGAUGUGAAACAGUAACAGCAGUACUGGGCAUGACUAGUGUAGUAUCUUUAAUUUCGCAUUACAUAGGGAAAUUCUUUCAAAUGUUUUUAUUAACUGAUGAUGAUGAAGACAAAUCAAUGGCUACUGUUUCAGCAAUAGUUUUUUAUAUAUUAGCAUUACAAACAGGUUUAACAUCUCUUUCACCUGAGAAGAGAUUUGUAAGAUUAUGUCGUAAUCUGUGUCUUCUUGUCACAGCAUUAUUGCACUACAUACAUAACAAUGUAUCACCAUUAUUGAUGUCUCUGAGUGCCGCCAGGAAUCCAUCUAGGAAUCGUCAUAUUCGAGCUUUAUUGGUAUGUCUGUUUCUGGUACUUGCUCCUUUAGUAUUACUUGCUGCCCUGUGGUCUCGGCAUCCUACAUCUACAUGGCUUCUAGCAGUAACAGCUUUUAGCAUUGAAUUAAUUGUUAAGGUUCUAGUGUCAUUAGCCACAUACACAUUAUUUUUACUCGAUGCUAGAAGAACAACAUUUUGGGAACCCUUAGAUGAUUAUGUUUACUACAUCAGAGGAUUUGGCAAUGGUGUAGAAUUUUUGUUUGGCAUAUUUUUGUUUUUCAAUGGUGCAUGGAUUCUGAUAUUUGAGUCAGGUGGAGCUAUUCGGGCUGUGAUGAUGUGUGUACAUGCAUAUUUUAAUAUAUGGUGUGAAGCACGAGCUGGGUGGGGAGUUUUCAUGAAACGUAGGACAGCUGUACAUAAAAUUAGGUCCUUGCCGGAAGCGACAAAAGAAGACUUGGAACAACUGGCCGACGUUUGUGCCAUUUGCUACCAGGAAAUGACGGCGGCUAAAAUUACGAGAUGCAGGCACUUUUUCCAUGGUGUUUGUUUGAGAAAGUGGUUAUACGUUCAAGAUAGCUGCCCAUUGUGCCAUGAGUUGCUUCAUGCCGAGCGUGAGAACUAAGUGACUUUGUACUAGGAUAACAUUCAGACUUUUAUAAUUAAGACAUUUGGAAGAUGUGUAAUUUGGGAUAUCAGGAAUAGGUUAUGAGAAUUUAAAUUACUUGUAUAUACUGUGAAUUGUGCACAAUGAAAUUAUGUGAACUUGGAAACUUCAUUUGAAUAGAAUAGAAAACGGUAUUUGCAAAUAAGUGUUUUGCAGAGGGUGCUUGUAAUAUAUAUUACUAGUAGC